AGUUUCUAACAAACCACACGAGACCUGUGUCAUCUGUGCAUCGAACUGAGCGCGCUGUAUGGCCUUCGUUCUUUGAGAGCGACAUGAGCUCGAACACGAGCACUCAGCAACAGCAGCUCGUGAACAAACUCGAGGAUUUCGAAUUCCCAUACUGCGACGAUGUCGCCAAGUACGAGAAGAUCGCCAAGAUCGGUCAGGGAACGUUCGGCGAGGUGUUCAAAGCCGGACACAAACAGACAAAAAAGCUGGUCGCCCUCAAAAAGGUGCUCAUGGAAAACGAAAAGGAAGGCUUUCCCAUUACGGCAUUGCGUGAGAUUAAGAUCCUGCAGCUCCUCAAGCACGAGAACGUGGUCAACCUGAUCGAGAUCUGUCGCACAAAAGAGGCGAAAGCUAAACCCAGACAACCGUGGCAGGCACCUCAUGAGAAUCGCAUCAGUUCUUCAGCAACACCUUUCAACCGCUGCAAGGCCACAUUUUAUUUGGUUUUUGACUUCUGCGAGCAUGACUUGGCAGGUCUGCUCAGCAACAUCAAUGUCAAGUUCUCACUGGGUGAGAUCAAGAAGGUUAUGCAGCAGCUUCUCAAUGGCCUCUACUUCAUUCAUAGCAACAAGAUCCUGCACCGUGACAUGAAGGCCGCCAACAUCCUCAUCACAAAGGCUGGUGUGCUGAAGCUGGCCGACUUUGGACUCGCCAGGGCCUUCUCCUUGAGUAAGACUGGGCAGCCCAACCGUUACACCAACCGGGUGGUCACGCUGUGGUACCGUCCCCCUGAACUGCUGCUGGGGGAGCGCAACUACGGUCCCCCCGUGGACAUGUGGGGCGCUGGCUGCAUCAUGGCCGAGAUGUGGACCCGCUCGCCCAUCAUGCAGGGCAACACGGAGCAGCACCAGAUCAGCCUCAUCAGCCAGCUGUGCGGCUCACUCACACCCGACGUCUGGCCCGGUGUGGAGAAGCUCGAGUUGUAUGCCAAGCUCAACCUGCCCAAGGGACAGAAGCGCAAGGUCAAAGAACGGCUGAAGGCAUACGUGAAGGACCCCUAUGCACUGGACCUACUGGACAAGUUGCUGCACCUUGACCCAAGCAAGCGGUGCGACAGCGACAGUGCGCUCAACCAUGACUUCUUCUGGACAGACCCAAUGCCAUGCGACCUGGCCAAGAUGCUGUCACAGCACACGCAGUCCAUGUUUGAGUACCUUGCACCCCCACGACGUCGGGUAAUGCAGCAGCAGCCGCCACAGGGGCCCCACCACCCACCCAAGGUGCCUUCAGCCUCCGACGGGCAGUACCACGACCGCGUCUUCUGACCCGAGCCCAGCUGUUGUGCCUAGCCCUCCCCUCCAUCUUUCCAUCUGGUGUGCUUCUCCAGACUUGUGUCUGCAGACUUUCUGACGUGGCCCUUGUGUGUCACCAAAAUAUAGGUCUGUGGAAGCAGUAUCAUUUUCCAAAGAGCUCUCUCGACCACCUGUGAGACUCUGGACGCAGCAGCCAGUGUUGCCCCUAGUGGGGAGCCAUUAGUGCCUGUGCAGCUGCAGAAUUGGAGCACCCUCCGUGCUCGAGCAACUGUGACACUUGAAAUCGUGACCACAGCUAACUGCAUGCCUUGCCAUUUUCCGCUCAGUAUUUACAACUAGCUGCACAUGGCUACAUUUUGCGAGGGAGCAUGUUUAUACUCUCGCUAGGUGUGCAGAACAAUGUAUGUGCAUUGAUGUCGCCCAUCGGACAGAUGCCACCAUGGACUGGCAUCGUACUGGGCACCGUAAUUGUACCGGUACUCUGCCAUCUAAUGGCAGAGUACCGUUCCUGCGCUUGCGCACAUCUGCAAUUGUGCACUCUCUGGAAGCAGAGAUGACUGUGUGCACUCUCUGGAAGCAGAGAUGACUGCAGUCAGACAUGCAUGUAUGUUUGGCUGCACACAUACAACUACGUGCCAGCAUGUCGAUACCCAGCUGUAUUUGUGAUGACUUUUUCCGAAGUUGCACUAGGCAGCACAAGUGCAGACCAUUUUUAGUGCAUGCGAAGGUCAAUUUUUUAUUCUUUUUGUGAGCGUUUUUUUGCUGUCAGUUUUUUUUUAGUCCCGUAUACUUGGCAUGGAUUUUUCUCGAGGGGACCGAGACCAGUUGUAAUAUAAAGAUUAUAUUUUUUAUCUUGGUCUUGCUGUCUACCCUGUUCUCAGUGGUGUUUUCAUUUCCCAUUGCGUGGUGCAGGCAGCCUACAGCAGUAUUUCAUUGCCACAUUAGACAGGCUGUUAUUCAGGCUUGUUUUGUUAGCAUGAAUUAAAGGGAUACGGACACAAAAGUUGGCGUGUGGUUUUUU